UUUCUGGGUGUGGAAAUUCUCAACAUCAACAAAAAGAGAAAAGAAAUGAGAAACUAGAGAUUACAAGGAACAAACAAUAGUUAGGAGCGUGAGAAUAUAUCGAUGUAACUAUCAUAACAGGUAAAUAUUGAAAUUCAUAAAGUGUACGCGAGAUGCAAGAAAACUGAAUAGAUGUGAGUGGAAGGAUUUCAGAUUUCUGUAACAAUACAGUCUAAAAGAUGGAAGCCGUUAAACUUAUGAGGGAACUGAAAACCAAUUUUGAACAGGAGAGGAAUUAUCUUCCGAAAGAAACGGGACUCCACUUGAUCGAAUCGACCAGAGAGAAUGCCAGCCAAGGAAUCUCAGCUAAAUGUAGGGACGUCAAAGUGGAGGACCUCUGGAGUCUGACCAGUUUCUUUGGGUACAGUACCCAGACCUUCGUUCUGGCAGUCAACCUGCUAGAUAGAUUUUUGGCCAUGAUGAAGGUCCAACCCAAACAUCUAGCCUGCAUUAGCAUCAGCUGCCUCCACAUCGCAGCCAAAGCAGUCGAAGAGGAUUGUAACUUGUCUUCCACCAAUGAACUUAUUCGUAUCAGCCAGUGCAAGUUUACGGUCUCGGACCUCACUCGCAUGGAGAAGAUCAUUUCCGAGAAACUCAACUUCCAACUCGAAGCCAUUACAGCCUUAACCUUUUUGCACCUAUACCAUAGAAUCACACGCUCACACACCUCAGACAGGAAGGAGGCCCUGAACCUCGACACACUAGAGGCCCACCUCAAAGCCUGCCUCUGCCGCAUCACAUUCUCCAAAGCUAAACCGUCCGUCUUGGCCCUGUCCCUCCUCACUCAAGAGAUUGAAGCCAUGCAGUCUGUUGACAUGCUAGAAAUAGCACACAGUAUUCAGAGACAUCUCAAGAUCACCGACACUGAGCUGCUACACUGGAGGGGGCUCGUGGCCAAGUGUCUGUCUGACUACUCUUCCCCUGAAUGUAGCAGACCCAACAAUAAGAAGCUGGUCUGGAUCGUGUCGAGAAGGACAGCUCAGAACCUUCACACCAGCUACUGCAACAUCCCUGAACUGGCAACCAUUCCUGAGGACUGCUGGGACCAGAGCGAGGACUCGUGUGAAGACAUGAGUUCUGGGGAGGAGAGCUUGAGCAGUUCCCUGGGUUCUGAUGCAGAGGGACCUUACUUUCCUCUUUACUUCAGCUGCCGAAGCAACCACCGAAACAAAUACCACCGUCCCAACCCCCUGUGAAGGAGCCACAGUGCCUGGCUUCCACAACCACCGUUUUAUACCGUCGGGUUAUGUUCAUUAGUGAAACGUUUCGUAGCGUUAGACACGUUUAGGAAGUCACGUUUAACAUGUGACAGCCCAUUUUGGUUCCUGGUGAAUAUAACCCAGAAAAAAAAAGAAAAAAAAACUUUCCUAUAUAACAUAUUUAAUUUUGUUAGUUCAAAAGGGCUACCAGUGUGUGGCCUGUUACAAACCAAUCAAUAUAAUAUAAUAAUAAUAAUAAUAAUAAUAUAUCCCAUUUAGCAGACGCUUUUGUCCAAAGCGACUUACAAGUCGGCUGGGGCCACUACAUUUACGUAUGGGUGGUCCCAGUGGGAAUCGAACCCACGACGCUUGGCGUUGCAAGCGCCAUGCUCUACCGACUGAGCCACAGUAUCUAUCUUAUUUUAAGCUAAACAAAAAUACAUUUAUGGGGAAACUUAAUCCUGACAGGCAGCGGAAUCCAUCAACUCAAAGAUAAAACGUUUUAAACUAUUUUGUUGUUGUAGAUGUAGCUUUUAAAAAAAAGUGUUGUUGGUGCAUGUUUGGAUUUGUAACAUUCCACAUCCCAAAUUAGUAUCCUAUCCAGUGCACUACUUUUGACCAGAGCCGAAUGAGCCCUGGGCCAAAAAGUAGUGCGCUAUAGAAAAUAUCAUGUAGCAUUUAGGAUGCACAAUAGAACACAGCCAAGGUACAAUAGACUUGUCUGGGGAGUAAGAACAUGUAAUAGGAAAACUAUGCAACGUACGUUAUCGUUGAGUUGUGUUCACUGCCUGAUGGUCCGGUUAUCCCUCUACAAGGUUCAACUGUCAAGAGACGACAUCUGUUUGCAUGUUAUUAUACAGAAAAGCAACACGUGUGUGUGGUCUUGUUAACCUCUAAAUUUGCCAAUUCUUUUUUUAGAUUGUAGGGUAACUUAUAUUUGGCUGGUAUGUAGCUAGCUCUGUGGAAGAAAUGUAUGGGAUGGAGUUUCUCGUAAUGUAAAUUUGUAUAAUGUAAAAAGAAAAAGCUGUGAAUUAAGUACCUUUGUAGAUAUUAACUUAUUUGUAAUUUUUUGCCAAUGUUGUAUGACAACAAAAAAACUAAAAAAAAACUAUUUUGGA